AAGAUGAACUCCAUGGCCUCCAUCUCCUCCAUUGCUAAAAGACUCGAAGGAAAAGUAGCCAUCAUAACGGGUGGUGCUAGUGGAAUUGGUGAAGCUACUGCAAGACUUUUCAUCAAACAUGGUGCAAAAGUAGUGAUUGCGGACGUCCAAGACGAUCUUGGCCAAUCCAUCAUUGAAGAAAUAGGCGAAAAGGGAGUUGCUUCCUACAUAUCCUGCGAUGUGAAAGUGGAAAAAGACGUCGAAAAUGCAGUAGACAUGGCAGUUUCCAAGUACGGAAAACUUGACAUUAUGUUCAGUAAUGCUGGAAUUCCAGGGAAAUUAGAUUCCACCAUCUUGAAAUCUGAAUAUGAAAAUUUCAAAAGUGUAUUCGACGUGAACGUCUUUGGGGCAUUAAUGUGUGCCAAACACGCGACCCGUGUGAUGAUUCCAGCCAAGAAAGGUAGCAUUAUCUUCACUUCUAGUGUCGCCUCGGUCACCUACGGCGAUGCCGCACACACAUAUUUGGCAUCGAAGCACGCGAUAGUGGGGCUAGCGAAGAAUUUGGGUGUUGAAUUGGGACAACAUGGAAUUAGAGUGAAUUGUGUUUCACCAAUUGGUGUGGGGACUCCAAUGUUGAGGAAUUGUUUAGGCAUUAAGGAGAAGGAAAAGGUUCAGGAAUUUGUGUCUGAAAUUGCAAACCUUAAAGGGACAAUCUUGGAGGCUGAUAGUGAUGAAUCCAAAUAUAUAAGUGGAAUGAAUCUUGUGAUUGAUGGUGGAUAUAGUACUACUAAUGUUGCUCUCAAAGAAGGCAUUAGGAAGAUGGCAGUCUUAAAUGCGUAA